UCACUCGCUCGCUUCCUGCGACGGUACAUUACAACUCUUCCACAACGCCCCAUGACGUCGGCAGCCAACUCCUCAAACUAUUUCGCCGUAGCACGCAAUGACGACCAGCAAGCCAUACACUCCCAGGAAGCUGCCUCUUCUGCCCCCGAUGAACACGAACAACUCGAUACAACGUCCAUUCGAGCCCUCCGCAUAGCGGCAGCGGUCGAGCGAUCAAAAACGGAAUAUAAACCAGAACAUGCUUAUACAGAAAGGCUCUGGCUGCAGCCAGGCUCAUACAAGAGCCAAAGACCUACAACAAAUUCACAACUGGAUCGACAAAGACUCGAGUAUAUGGCUAGCAGCCUUUACUUUGCCGAUCCGCCGGAUUACCAUGGCGCUCUUGAGCUUGUUCUCCUAAAAUUUGACGCAUCACCGAAAGCAAAAUCUCUAGGUGGACUUUCCAGAGAGCUACUAGACAUUGGCUUGAAAUCAGCUGUAAAGUGCGGAGAUAAAAGCUCCGCCAAAAGUCUCGCUGAUAGCAGUAAAAGUAUAUGGAAGGGGCAGUUUGCUGGCAUCGCCGCUAGCGCUGCGGAUGCAUAUAUGUCCGCAGGGCUGUAUCAAGACGCGGUGAAGCCACUCCUCAUAUCAAUGUCCGUUUUCGGCAUACAUUAUCCCAUUGCAUAUCGUCUAUCAAAAGCUUUGAAAGCCAUCCAAGAGGAACGGGAGGAACAUUUGACUGCAACCAGUUACUUUCAGCAACUGGUUGACCGUGCAGUGGAGUGGCGCAAACCGGCCUUCCAAAGGCCGAUUUUUUCUGACGACGAAGGUGUAACAAGAGGCCAAGGUGUCAGGUCUGACCACGAUGAGCUAGCAGGGCAGGCUUUAGACACGCGCGCCGUUGCUCUGGAGCUAUAUUUAGACGCUGAGGGAGAAAAGGCCCUUGAAGGCAGCUGGAAGAGGCUUUCAAAAGGACUAGAUGUGGAUGUACAACCAGAAGUAUCUGUCAGGGAACUCUAACCCUAUAAUGGUAUAUGUAUUUAAGUUAUAAUGCUCC